CUCCUCGCUGCCCUGCGCGCUCUUCGCUGCACCCGCCGCCCGCUGCCCCGCACCAGCCGCCCCGGCCCGGCCCGGCCCGGCCUGGCUGGGCGCUGUCCACCUGAGGGAGCCCGCGCCUCCUGCCCGCCCGACCCUCUGCCCGCCCCGCGAGCUGGGCACCUGUGCCAGGAGCCCAGUCGAAUCAGCCGAGACGGGAUCUGCAGAGCAAGCACCAUGAGUAUCUCAGCUCUCGGAGGCGGCGCUAAGGGGAAGCCCCUACCACCUGGCGAGGAGGAACGCAACAACGUCCUCAAGCAGAUGAAGGUUCGAACCACGCUCAAGGGGGACAAGAGCUGGAUCACCAAGCAGGACGACUCGGAGGGCAACUCGGAGGGCCGCACCCUAGAGCUGCCCUCUGGUCGGAGUCGUGCCACAUCCUUUUCAUCAGCUGGGGAAGGCCCGAAGGCCAGGCCUCCAAGCACAAGGGCUCCCACUGGCUAUAUCAUCCGGGGAGUGUUCACCAGGCCCAUAGACAGCUCGUGCCAGCCCCAGCAGCACUACCCCAAGGCCAACGGAGCUCCAAAAAGUGCAACCGGUCUGCUCAGAGCCACUCCUGCUGGACCUCCCCGCCCGUCCUCCUCUGGCUAUAAGAUGACCACUGAGGAUUACAAGAAGCUGGCACCCUACAACGUUCGGCGUAGCUCAGCCUCGGGGGCCGCUGAAGAGGAGGAGAUACCCUUCUCAUCUGAUGAGCAGAAACGGAGGUCGGAGGCUGCAAGCAGUGUGGUGAGGAAGACGGCUCCCCGCGAGCACUCCUAUGUUCUGUCAGCAGCCAAGAAGAGCACCAGCAGCCCUCCCCAGGAGAUGCAGGCCCCGUUCAUUGCGAAGAGGGUUGAGGUGGUGGAUGAGGACAGGCCUUCUGAGAAGAGCCACGACCCACCUGCUCUAGCACGUUUCCCUCCUGGCUCAAGCAGCCCCGCUGGAGGUGGAGCUGAGUGCAUGCUGAGUCUGCCCAGCCCUGCAGGGAGCUGGGAGCCCAGUACAAGAGGCGAGGAGAUUGUCCGCCUGCAGAUCUUGACACCUGGAGCAGGACUCCGCCUGAUGGCCCCAGACCUGGAGGGAAUGAGUUCUUCCCCAGGCUCCAAAGACAAAGAGGCCCCCAGCCCUAGAGAGGCCAAGAGAGACUUGGUUGGUGAGGAGGCCCGCAAGAGCCCCAGUCUAGACCCUGAAAGGUCAAGUGCACAGUCAAGUGAUGGCAAUGUGGGAUCCAGAGCCAUGGGCUUCCUACCUGAAGUCUUGACUGGAGCAGACAUUGGCUCUGAGAGAGGAAGUUCCAGUACUACUCUGGCCUCUGCUGGACCAGCUGAUCAGAAGAGUGACAGUCCAGCCAACCUGGAGGACAGAGAGGCACACCUGAAGGGCACCUUGGCUGGUUCUGAAGAGAAGAAUGUGGCUGCCAAGGUGGGAGAGACCUGGCCGGAGAAGCCCACAGCCCUGAGAGGUGGCCAGGGAGACCCAGCUGCACCCUCCCAGCAGCCUGCAUCCCCCAGGACGCCAGAGCCACAGAGCAGCCCCAGAAGACCUGAGCAGCUUGUGGAACUGGACAGCCAGGCCAGCAGGAUAAGCAACCCCUCAGACGGUAUGGUCGCUGUUACCGUCACUGCCUCUCCUGAGCAGCCUCAUGUUUAUGUCCCAGCCUCUCCAAGUGCAUUGGACUCCAGUUCAUCCAGCAAAGGGAUUCUCUUUGUGAAGGAAUACAUGAAUGCUAGUGAGGUAUCCUCCGGGAAGCCAGUGUCUUCAUGCUUCAGCAGUAUUAGAAACACUGGAGACUCAUGUGACAUGGAGAAGAAACCUGCAUGUGACAGCUCUCUGUACUCUGAAAGAAUAAGUGGAAGGAUCUGUACUUACUGCAACCAGGAGAUCAGAGACUGUCCGAAGAUUACCCUAGAGCAUCUUGGCAUCUGCUGCCAUGACUAUUGCUUUAAGUGUGGGGUUUGCAGUAAACCAAUGGGGGAGCUCCUGGAUCAGAUCUUCAUCCACCGUGACACCGUCCAUUGCGGGAAAUGCUAUGAGAAGCUCUUCUAGCUCUUCCAAGCUGAGAAGAAGCUGAUGAGUCCUGGACAAGUCUGGCUGUUCCCAGUUGCCCCAAGUUGCUGGCUCCUCUUCCCUCACUUUCUUCCUCCCCAUUUGAUUUCUUCGUGCUUUUGCCUCUCUCUCAAGUUGAACUGCUUACAUCCAGUAGAGUGUCUUAAUGAUGCUAUGAUAAUUACUUACGUGUGUAGCUUUUUAUAACUUAGAAAGCACUUUAUGUCCAUGGUCUUAUUUCAGGCCCAAGAAAAAAAGGAUUGAACAAGAAUUUAAUCUUAGCUUUCCUAAGACAGGUUGGCCUCCUGAUGAGUUAAGGUGGCCUGGUACAGUAGGUGGGAGCAUGGGUUUCAGUGUGUCCUGACUUUUGGGACAGAGAGCAAACCCACAUUCUAUGUCACAGCUCUAAGUAUAUCUUUGGGACUCGAAAGCAGGAGAUCCCUUGAAGCUUCUGAGGGGCCAGGUUGAAGAUCUUUGAUGAUGUCUGGUGGGUAAUUUGCAGACGUUGAAUGCUAGGGAUUGGCAUAUAUAUAUAUAUAUAUAUAUAUAUAUAUAUAUAGUUUUUUUAACUUUCCAUACACAUUUAAAAGUAGCUAGUUGCUUUUGAGUGAAUUAUACAGCAGAUUUUAAUUAUCUUCUCCUUCCUCCUUUUCACUAUAAAUUGAGGUUUUUUUCUUUUCCUAUAGGCAUGUGGACAUGUAUUAGACAACCUACACAGUUAAGUUUAAAUUCCAUAGGGUGUGAUUCUUAGGAGGCCACUGGCCAAAGAAACCUCUGUGUCUGAAUAUUCAUAAUUGAUUAAUACCUUUGCCCUCGAUUCCCAAUAGUUACAGGGAAAUCUUCUAGAGUAGGUUUUAGGGGUAUAGACUCCAGCCGGAUCAAGAAAGGAGGAAAGUGGUUAACAUUUCUCAAGGCCUUACUACAUACCAGGCAUUGUCACAAAGGGAUGGCAUUAAUUCUCAUACUAAUCCUAUGCAGAGGGUAUUCUUGUUCCCAAUUUACAGAUGAAGAUAUUGAGGCUCAGAAGGUGGUCAUUGCAUUGUUUGGAUCCAUUGCUGUCUCUCUCCAGAACCCAUGUUCUCUUCAGUAACAGUGAGCACAAUACCAAGCAUUGAUUUAGUAGUGACUGUGUAUUGGGCACUAUGUGUAUCUCAUUUUACCAGGUAGCACUGCCCUCCACAGGCCUCCCCUGAGGCAUACUCUUCUUACAAAGACAGAAAAGUAUUAAAUCAUGCUUCUCCUCUGGGCAUCCUAGGUCUCCCCAUAAAGUACCACAAAUGCCAAUCGGCCCUCCCUCCCUCUCUUCCCGUUUCCAUGAAAACAACUCUGAACUAACAUGCUCUUCUGAACUCAGAUUUCUCUACUGGAUAGAGAUUUGACUCACAGACCUUCCCAAAGAAGAGCUUGUCAACGCAGGGAAACCCCAGUAAGCUAACUGAUCUGAGCCCAGGGCCUUCAGUAACUUAUUUUUCACUACAGACUAUCCCAAGAUAGUAGCAGCUACUGGGUCCCAGGUGCCUGGAACGCAGAAACAUGUUGGUUGUCUAAACAGAUUGCAGGCCCAUCCAUGACUCUAAGUUUCUCUGCCCUUGGGACCAACAUCCCUGUGUAAGGUCCUCGAGAGAAGGAACAACCUGCGAGUUUUUCGGAUGAAAAAAUGAAGGUCUCUUCUCUUGGUUUGAUUAGAAAAUGUCUCCAUCUCUCUCCACUUUGUGAGUCCUGUGCACACUGGGUGGUGGAUUUGUCUUCCCACCAGAUGAUCAGAGGGGAAUGCCCCAUUGAUUUGCAUAGCUGUGCAUUAGAUUUGCAUUGGAGGGGAAACGUUGUACAAUAUGUCAUGUACCAACACGAAAUGUGAGCUGGUGUUCCUCAAGUGUAGGACUUGGCUCUUAGGAGGCACUGAUACACAGGUGCUGAGUGAAUGAAUAAAAGAGAAAGAAAGGCUGCUCCGUAUUGUGGGACCAACCCUGAGUCAGUUGAUGGAGUACAGGAUAAAGAGGUCCCAAAUAGGCUGACUUCUCCACCUUUAAGAUACACUUAGCCUUUAAAGGGGUUUUAGAGUCAAUAUGCAAGAAAUUGAAAGAAAGCUUGUAAAAUCAACAUUAAUUUUCUAUUCAGAACAGCCUCUUUCAUGUCUAAAAAGGCACAGAAUUCUGCAGAUUUAAGAGAUGUGGUUGCAUUAUAUUUUUGCUUCUUUUUAAUUGUCUAGUGUUUUAAUCAUAUUUGCUUAACCCAGAUUAAUGUACACAAUUAAAAUAAAUGUUGAGAUAUUACAAGUGUC